UUUUUGGCACACACACUACAGUCACACUGCGCGUCCAACACAUUUUUUAUCAAAACCCAAAUUUGUUGUACAUUUUUAACGAAAAAAGCCAAGAAAAAUGCCUGCCGUGGUGCGUAUUAAGCGGCGGAUUGACGAAGAACCACACACGGCCUUUGUGCUAAAUGGCAAACGCCGACGACUGCACAACGAUGAGAAUUCAUUGGGCACGGCACAAGUGCCGCUGGGGGCUGCAGCCGACACCGACGCUGCGGACAAAGACGAGCUGACGACCGUGCUGAAAUUUGCCGGCACGUUGGCCAAGCAGGAUGACAGUGCCACAAAACAAUUUGCAGCUGCGCGUCUAAACAAAGCGACGGCCAAGGAGCUGGUGCAACAGAAAUCCAAUGAUGCGGCCAUUGCCAGUGCACUGCGCAGGGACAGGCAACGGCUAGCGGCACAACAAACCACACGCGAGCAGCGUUUCCGCGUGGUCAACUGCUUGAGGACCACACUCGAGGACAUCAAUGAGAGCGAAGGUGCGGCAGGCGGAGGCGGCAGCAGCAGCAACACAGAUGACGCUGCCGCACAGAUAACAAUUCUGGACAUUGAAUCACAGCAGCAGCAGCGAACGGGAGGGACAACAGCAGGACAGCUGGCAGCGGACGAGCAACUGCAGCCUGGAGGCGGAGUCCCUCAGCAGCAGGAUCAACAGCAACCCGCCGACUCGGAUAUUGGCUAUGUCUACGAUUUAUAUGUGCCCGAGAAUGAGAUGCAGGCGGCCUAUGUCGAUAUGAUGGAUGACAAUUAUCUAAGGUUGUAUUAUCCGUUUAAUUACUACUACACCUGCUACUGGUAGGACACAGUGCGAGAGAGAGAGAGAGAGGCAGAGCUGAGAGAGACAGUCGUGCCACAGAGACAGAGCAGAGAUACAGCCUUGCCACAGAGACAAAGCAGAGCAGAGACACAGCCUUGCCACACACAGAGAGAGAGAGAGAGACAGAGCAGCAGCAGAGACAAAGCCCCCCCGAACCCAACCCAAAGAAUGGACUGCACUGCCACACACAGGCACACAGGCCCACACGCCCUAAGGGGGCGCCCCACUAAUAUGACAAAAAACUGUUUAGGAUUCUAUCGAUUGAUUGGUUUAUAGUUCAUUAGAAAUAUGAUAGAUGAUCGAUAUAAAUACAUAUGUAUAAAUGGUACAAUCUGAGCAGCAGAAACGGCAGGAGCAUGUCAAAUGCUUAGCUGAUUUUAAGGAUUGUGGAUAAUACAUACAUGUAAAUGUAUAGGCAAAUGGAUCUAUAAGGAAACAGAGUCUGCUUGAUCUUCCAACAUCUAAAUGUCAAAGCUUCAGAGGCAGACUCCUGCUUGAACUGCUUUAAGUCUUAACAAGAAAAUGCAUCCCUGUUGAAAGAAACCUGCUUGAACUUACAAGAUGAAGAAAUCUUUUAAAAGGAAAUGCAUUUAUUACGGCAACAUAAUCUGCUUGCUGGAAACCAUCAUUAGAACAUUGAUAGAUAAAUUCUAUCAGGGAGCGAUGCAAUUAUUUUGAAAGGAAGCAACUUGAUUAGAGAAGACGAAGGAGAACAACUUUUUCCUUACAUUAAAUCAAGCAGUAUAUGAGAGGAGGUCAAAGAAAACCUCCUGGAUCUUAUAAUAAGAUGAGGUAAAUGCAUCUAAAAUCUACUCCUUAAUCACAAAACUACUACUGGAACGAAAAACUUAAAGAUAAAAUAGCUGACAAAUUAUAAAACAAAAGAUCCCAAGAGAUUCUCUAAAAUUAAUAUUAUAUAAAGAUAACUAAAAGAUACAUUUAUACAUAGAUCCCUGUACCACUUGAGUAAUGUGUUUAAUUGUAUGCCAGUACCAUAAAGCACUAUCCCAAAGAAAGACGAAAAGUACGUCUAAGAUGUUUAGAAAUUAAAACCCUACAUUUUUGCGUCAAUAAGAAAUAGAUGCAUCUUUAAUAUGUAACAAAUAUAUUGACCAAUUGCGAAUACAUUUUUCCAGAGAAGAGGUAAAAUAAAUUGCUAGAAUGCAAAAAGAUAGCUAACAAAAAUAAAUCUUUCAAUGCAAUCUUUAAGAGAAAGAUGUAUAAAGGAGAAGCCUAAAGCUAAGCUAAGAUAUUGCAUAGAAAAUCCCAUAAAGAACGCCUAAAUGUAGUGCCAAAGUUGAAACGGCAAACGUCACUCUUAUAUCAUUAUCUAUCACAAUUAUUACUUAUAAUAACCAAUGUAGAACAAUCUGUUUUUGUAAGCCAUUUUAGUGCCUGAAAAAGAUGAUAAAGGAAACAUUUUCUACACUGGAUUCACCCACUGCCCUCUGCCCAAUCAAUUAUAUGAACCAAUCAAUCGUUAGAGCAUUAAGCCCUAGCCAUUUCUAGCAUAAGUUCUUUCGAUUUUGUAUAGCUUUUAUUUACUAUAUCUUACACACACCACACACACACACACACACACACCUCCAUACGCACACCACACAUACCAUUUUGUCAGUGCUUCUCAUUAUUUUCUGCCAGUUCUCCCUGCCCUGCCAGUGGUCUUUUAUUCGCUUUGUUUCGUUCUUGUUCCUUUCAUUCCACACUAAACAAAAACAUUUAAUACAAAAACUCAAGAAAUCAGAGCCCGCAAUCCGAGAACAACUCUUGUGCUAAAGUCUAAUUAAGUGCAUAGUUUUUAGUGUUUGUUGGGGUCUAGAGCUGCCCCCGUGAUUACAAAAAAAUAAAUAAACUGAAUAAAUAAAUCAAAUACAAAA